UAUUAUCCUGAUGGAAAGUUAAUAAUUUAUUUGUCAUAAUUAGGUGGGUAAAACAAUGACUGAAAAGGAUUGAUAAACGAUAGGAGUAUGAAAACAUUGACAAGUCUUUUUGGAAUGGUUCCUUUGUCUUAUAGUCAACUAUUCUUUUGGCGUUAUGGAAAUGAAGCAGCUUGGUGAAAGGGUUUGACACUGUUGGUGUUUAUGGCUCUGACGUGGUGGGGCCUACUUCUUCAAUCAACAGCUCAAUAUCAAUUUCUACUGACGAGGGGAUGAAACCAUCCAACUUCAAUUUUGAUGAAUCUCAUGUUAAGGAUGCGGAGCAGUGCAGAGUUAAGCUAUCUACGAGUUCAUCACCCAUAGGCUAUGAUGGACCAUUCACUGGUUUCAAACUUGGCAAACAAACAUUUGAAAGCAACAGUGUUAGGCUCCCGUCCUUCUCCAUGACCCCUGUAUCAUCUGUUGUUGCACCAAAGAAAACAAAAUCCUCUAGUCAGAACGCACUAAUUCCGCGCUGUCAGGUUGAGGGCUGCAAUCUUGAUCUGUCUUCAGCUAAAGAAUAUCACCGAAAGCAUCGAGUUUGUCACAGUCAUUCCAAAUGUCCAAAGGUCAUCAUACGAGGUGUCGAGCGACGCUUUUGUCAGCAGUGUAGCAGGUUCCAUAGCUUGUCGGAUUUUGAUGAAAACAAGCGAAGCUGUCGCAGGAGGCUUUCUGAUCACAAUGCACGCCGACGCAAGCCACAGCAGGAAACUAUCCAGUUUAACUCGACAAGGCUUUCUUCAUGGUUUUAUGAUAAUAGGCAAUUGAUGAAUCUUGUGUUCAACAAUGGCCACCUUGUCCACUCUAAACCUACUGCAGAUUCUACCUGGGAAACCUCUGAAGUUUCCAAGUUUACAAUAACAAGAGGGUUAACUUUAAAGCCCUACAAAGCUAACAGUAUUAAUGAGCAGUCACUUAUGGGGGGAGUCAAGCUUUCAGGGACCACUGAAAUGUGGACCAAUGCAUCUAACUUGUACUCGGUGUCCAAUGACACGACAGCUGAGGUCUUCAGUCAAGGUGUCAAGGAGACCAUGUUCUCUCUAAAUAUGGGUGUGGCACCGGAAUUACCUCGUGCUCUCUCUCUUCUGUCAAAUAAAUCAUCAUGUGAACCUGAAUUUGUUUCGACUGGCCACUCCUCGCAUGUAAACCAGAUCAUCAUACCGGAGCAGGUGAUGCAUGCAAUUCCUCAGAGUUUGCCAUUUGAGUCCACGGAACACUGGCAGGCUGAACAUCUAUUCAGUCCACGCAUUCAUACUUUGGUUGGGAAUGAUCACAGUGGUGGUAGUUUUCAGGAAAUUCAGCUUUCCAAAGAUCCAUUUGAUGAUUCCUAUGUCAAUGGAUUGUACUGACAGGGCAGACUAGUCAGCCUACCCUCAAUAUUGAAAUGGAUUUCAAUUUUUGCUGGCUUUACUUUCUCCAUGUAAGCAGUUGUUAAACUGGGACCUACCAGAUGGUUCAUAAGUAGGGUAUUGGAAGCAGCGUGUCAUUCUAAAGUGGUAGCAUAUUACACAAGUACAUGGAGCUCCAGAUCUUGAAAGAAAACUUUGGAUUGAAAAGUAUGCCAUAAAUUUAUUUGCUUAAUAAAUCAACAUGGGUUGUUAAAGAGUUGUAGUGGUUUCUUGUUUCUGCACUUUGACAUGAUGCUACCACACAGAUUUAAUGUAAUGUAUGAUAGCUAAAAACGCUGAGAUGGUCAAUUUGUCUCUAAAAUCAUUUUGAUGUGGGAUUCAGCUGAACUUACAUAGGCAACAUGAGCUUUAGUGAAUUUGGAUACUUCAUGUAUCCCUCAUCUCUUAUGUUAGAAA